AGUAAAAGAAGUCAUUUGGGGAAGGGGGACGCGCAUCGAAAUGUACAAAUAUCAAUCGGCUCAGUUCGGAUUUGACGGCUGAAGGGAAGAGACUACGGACAAGCAAGGGCAAAUUCGAAAGAUGGAUAUCAGUUUAUUAAUGCACAAAUAAUUGCAACAACAGAGUGAAAUUUCGAUAUAUUCAAAAAUUAAUAAUUAUUUAACCUUGAAAACAUGCAUUACCGGUGGUAUAGAAAUAUGUAUUACCUAUCCAACUGAAUAUGUAAAAACACAAUUACAACUUGAUGGUAAAGCUGGACCUAAUAAAGAAUAUUCAGGAAUAUGGGAUUGUGUGAGAAAAACUGUAAAGAACCGUGGAUUCUUUGGCCUAUAUAGAGGUCUUUCAGUAUUACUUUAUGGUUCAAUACCAAAAUCAGCUGUACGUUUUGGUUCCUUUGAGAAAAUGAAGGAAAUAUUAGUAGAUUCGGAUGGUAAACUUAGUACACAAAGGAGUUUCAUAGCAGGAUUAUGUGCUGGAGCAUCUGAAGCUAUUUUUGCAGUUACUCCUAUGGAAACUAUUAAAGUAAAAUUUAUAAAUGACCAACGAUCUGCUAAUCCAAAAUACAAAGGAUUCUUUCAUGGUAUAGGAAUGAUUACUAAGGAAUAUGGACUCAGAGGUAUAUAUCAAGGAUUAACACCUACAAUUUUAAAACAAGGAUCAAACCAAGCAAUUAGAUUUUGUGUUAUGGAAUCAUUGAAAGAACAGUAUAGAGGUGGAGACAAAAAUGUUACUAUACCAAAAUGGGUUAUUGGAAUAUUUGGUGCAUGUGCUGGUGCAAUAUCUGUUUUUGGAAAUACUCCAAUUGAUGUUGUAAAAACUAGAAUGCAGGGUCUAGAAGCCACAAAGUACAAAAAUAGUAUAGAUUGUGUGAAACAAAUAUGGAAGAAUGAAGGUCCAAUGGCAUUUUAUAAAGGAACUGUUCCAAGAUUAAGUAGAGUAUGUUUAGAUGUUGGUAUAACGUUUAUGAUUUAUGAUUCUUUUAAAGGAAUUUUUGAUAAAAUCUGGCCUUGA